AUGCUCGCACGCAUGCAAAUUUCGCUUGCUGCUCUCACGCUAUGUCUCGCAGGGGCCGUUCAUGCUGCAAAAGGUACAUUUUCUGUGAACAAUCUCCCCGAUACUUGGGAGGAUGGGCAAAGUGGUACGAACCAAUGCGACAAGUACGGAAAGUCCAGCCAAAAGUCACAAUGUCAAAAUCUGUACAUUAACUCGGCGACAGACUUUUGUCUUUGGGGGCCGCCGCAGGCUAACAGCUCUGUCGGUAAAAAAGAAGCGGAUGUUGUGUCUUACUGCACCAAGGAGGGCUACGGCACGCGACUGAUUCCUAACGGUGCGCUGAAGGGCGCACACUUUGUUAAGACCAGCAAGUUUGUUCAGGUUACUGGCAAGGGCGACUUUACGUUUAUUGGUAUUGCGAAGGGAGAUGGCGGCGGCGAGCUCGAUCCUCACGGCGCAAACAACAAGGGUAACCCGGUUGGCGGUCUUGUUUUCUCGAGGAACAUUGAGGGCCACGAGGGUGAAUUUGUUCAAAUCAAGGAGUGGAAUAACUUUAUCAACGACAAGGAGUUUAGCUUUCGGGGAUGUUACGGCGACGACGCUGCAGAAUACUGCCCGCACAUUUACGAUGAGAUGGGCGACUACUUUAACUCCCCUGGCAAUUACGACAAGGGCGUAUUUGAGGACUGCAGCGGUGAACCAGGCCACAAGCCCGGUAUCUACGGCACGUCUACGUUUUAUCAAGGUGACCAGCGCACUCCGGAUGCGCAUGCUCCGGGCAAGACCUCCAACUGCCACACGCAUCAUACUGUUGCAGUCGGUCCCGCAAAGCAAAAGGUGGUGAAGCGUCGGUUUGGGCUCAGGAACGUGCUCCAACACUAA